AUGGAUGUUAUCGGACCCAUUGAACCCGCAGCUUUAAAUGGCCAUAGGUUCAUUUUAGUUGCCAUUGACUACAUCACCAAAUGGGUGGAAGAAACGUCUCAUAAGUCAAUAACAAAGAAAGUGGUAGCUGGAUUCGUACGAAGCAGCGUCAUAUGCCGGUUCGGUAUACCCGAGUCCAUCAUAACAGACAAUGGAGAAAAUCUGAAUAGCCAUCUGAUGAACGAUAUCUGUGAGCAAUUCAAGAUCACUCAUCGAAACUCGACAGCCUACCGGCCACAAAUGAACGGAGCUGUAGAAGCAGCCAACAAAAAUAUCAAGAGGAUAUUGAGAAAAAUGACUGAUAAUUAUAAAGGUUGGCACGAGCAGUUGCCUUAUGCUCUACUGGGAUACCGUACUAUGGCCAAAACUUCAACAGGAGCCACUCCAUAUCUGUUAGUCUACGGUACUGAAGCAGUCAUACUUCCCGAGGUUGAGAUACCUUCUUUGAGAUUCAUUCAAGAAGCAGAAUUGGACAAUGCUGAAUGGGUCCGAGCUCGAUAUGUGCAAUUGGCUUUAAUUGACGAGAAAAGGAUAGUUGUCGUAUCUCACGGUCAACUGUACCGACAAAGAAUGGCAAGAGCUUUUAACAAGCGAGUCAGGACUAGACUUUUCCAAAUUGGGCAAAUGGUGCUCAAAAGAAUUUUCCCACAUCAAGAUGAAUACAAAGGGAAGUUUGCUCCCAACUGGCAAGGUCCUGAUGUGGUCCGCAAAGUACUCUCCGGAGGAGCAAUAGUGUUGGCAGAAAUGGACGGACCAGAGUGGACGAAGCCAAUCAAUUCAGAUCUAAUCAUACGCUACUAA